GCUCGGCGCGCUGCUCCAACCUGGGCUGGGCGCUCCCAGCGCAUCCCGCAUCCCGCACCCCGCAUCCCUGCGAGCAUCCCGCACCCCACAUCUCCGCGGCCGGGCAUGUAGCAGCGGCGGCCGCCGCGGCGGAAUAUGGGCGGGAACCACUCCCACAAGCCCCCCGUGUUUGACGAGAAUGAAGAAGUCAGCUUUGACCACUUUCAGAUCCUGCGGGCCAUUGGUAAAGGGAGCUUUGGAAAGGUGUGCAUCGUGCAGAAGCGAGACACGAAGAAGAUGUACGCCAUGAAGUACAUGAACAAGCAGAAGUGCAUCGAGAGGGACGAGGUGCGCAAUGUCUUCCGCGAGCUGCAGGUCAUGCAGGGGCUGGAGCACCCGUUCCUGGUCAACCUGUGGUACUCCUUCCAGGACGAGGAGGACAUGUUCAUGGUGGUGGACCUGCUGCUGGGGGGGGACCUGCGCUACCACCUGCAGCAGAGCGUGCACUUCACCGAGGGGACUGUGAAGCUCUACAUCUGUGAGCUGGCCCUGGCCCUGGAGUACCUGCAGAGGCACCACAUCAUCCACAGGGACAUCAAGCCAGACAACAUCCUGCUGGACGAGCACGGGCAUGUUCACAUCACGGACUUCAACAUAGCGACGGUGGUGAGAGGAACAGAGAAGGCCUCGUCCAUGGCUGGCACCAAGCCCUACAUGGCCCCCGAAGUCUUCCAGGUGUACGUGGACGGAGGCCCCGGGUACUCCUACCCUGUCGACUGGUGGUCCCUGGGCGUCACGGCCUACGAGCUGCUGCGGGGCUGGAGGCCAUAUGAGAUCCACUCGGCCACGCCCAUUGAUGAGAUCCUCAGCAUGUUCAAGGUGGAGCGUGUCCACUACUCUUCCACGUGGUGCAAGGGCAUGGUGGCCCUGCUCAAGAAGCUCCUGACCAAGGACCCCGAGAGCCGCCUGUCCAGCCUCAGUGACGUUCAGAGCGCACCCUACCUGGCUGACAUGAACUGGGACGCGGUGUUCCAGAAGGCGCUGAAACCCGGCUUUGUACCCAAUAAAGGGAGGUUGAACUGUGACCCCACGUUUGAACUUGAAGAGAUGAUUCUAGAAUCCAAGCCCCUUCACAAAAAGAAGAAGAGGUUGGCAAAGCACAGGUCCAAAGAUGGCACCAAGGACAGCUGCCCCCUGAACGGACACCUGCAGCAGUGUUUGGAGACAGUGCGGAAGGAAUUCAUCAUAUUCAACAGAGAGAAGCUCAGGCGGCAGCAGGGACCAGGCGGCCAGAUGUUGGACACGGAAGGCCGAGCUGUGAGUCAGACCCAGAGUAAGCUCCAGGACGGGUGCAACAACAACAUCCUGGCCCACGCCUGCUCCCGGGGCUGCAGCAGCUAAGCUUCCACCUGCAGAUGCCCAGUGGACUACAGGCGCCUCUGCCCUGCCCACCCAGAGCCACACUCUGUGCUAAGGCGGUCCCCAUCUCACCCUGAAAACAUCAGAUGCAGAAAGAGACCUGGACUUAGAGCUGGAAAGUCUGGGUUCUGGUCCCUGCGUCCCACUGAUUUGCUGUGUGACCUUGGACAAGUCACAUCUUCUGUGCCUCAGUUUUCUGAAUCUGCCAAAGGGGUCAAACAGCUCUCCGCCCCACCUCCAGAUACGAGGUCAUUGUGAGACUCCAGUUGGAUAACAGACAUGCAAGACCUUAGGCGUUUGUAAAGUUGUCUAUACACACAACGUAGAAUCUCAUCUUUGAAGUGCACUCCCAUUCCCCAAAGCAAUGAGACCACUGCAACCUGGCAGCUGGGCCCAUCCUGGCUUGUCAGAUGGCACUCUGGAAGAUGGCAUUCCUGAGGACAGCGUAAAUGCUGGAUGCGUUUACCCUCCUAUGGCAACUCUACUCCCACAUCCUGGAGCAAUCCCGACGUGUCUCCAUUCACAUCCUCGGCUGGCCACAGACGCCCUGCCUUCUGGCACGGUGCAGACCAGCCUGGUCCCCACGGUCACCGUGCUCCUCCCGGGUUCACAGAAGACCCUCCCACCUCUAACUUCAGCAGUCUCCCUCCCUCCUCCCCCCCCGAAGGCCCUUUGCUGGAGUCAGGUCACUGGUCAGCAUUUACUCCCACAGUGUCAACCAGGCUCCCCCAAAACCCAGCCCUGCCACAGAACUCCCAUCCCCUCGUGCACCCCCGUCUUCCUUCCCAGGGGGGCCAUAGACGGGCUCGUGGGCAUCACUGUUCAGAGGGCACCUGACCAGCCCUGAUGGGCAGCUGCCUGUGGCUGUCUUAGGAAUGGUGCAUGUUUGGAAAGUCUGUGCUCAAGGAAAGUUUAUGCUAAAGACUGCUUUCUGGCCCAGUCAGGGGCAGCCUGCCCUGGACCUGGGAGAUGCUGAGGCUUGGCAGUGAAGGCUGGAGCAUGGUCAGGCUGGCCAACCAGAAGAUCGCAGGCCAGGCACGUGAUGGCCCGAGCGCCAGUCUCCUCACUUUAAAAUGGAAUAAAAGGACCAACAGCGGGGUCCUGCAUGUGACAGGCCCGGCACGGUGGACGACCCACUGGAUGCCACCAUCGUCAUCACCAUCAUCCAUGUCAGUGCAGCCCCAUUGUCCUUUGGAGAGACCCCUGGUGCGGGCUGGGUGGGCCGGUGGUUUUCUGCGGGUCCAGCCUGGCUCGCCUUUGGGAUUCUUUGCGUCUUCUCCCCGAGGCUUUGUUGUCCACACGCCCUGCCUAGAGUUCAAUUGCUUUUACUUUUUUAUGGGGUUCCCAUUUUUCAUUUUUACAUGAGAUCAAUCGAUCCUUGGGGCUGUCUAGGUCAUCCCUAGAUUCUUAAGGGACAUUUUAACAUAUGACAAGGUUUUAUAUUUUUAUUUAGGAAAAAAGUCUUUGUUUUCCUCCCUGGGACUGGGGCUCUGUGGAGCCUGCUUUGCCCACGUCAGUCUGUGUUCUGCCCACUACUUGGUCUCUGGUCCCCGUCUGGCACCGUCCUGCCCCCUCCAGGAAACAAUGGCCGCCCCUCUCUUCACUGUGACCCUGGGCCGUUAGGAUUUCCCACGGGGCUGAGUCAGAGGUGGGAGCUGAGUGGAAGCAGCCCUGUGGACAGUGGAUUUCCUGGCCCGGCUCUGUCAAGUCUGCGUUCCUUGUUGAGAAUAAACUGUUUCUCGGACGUUCCUUCCUA